AUGGUUAUUCCAACUAUAGCGAAAUCAAACGUGUAUGUUAAUGAGAAGAAGGAUGAGAAGUAUUGGAAUUAUGAAUACUAUAGCAUACCUACUGGAUGCAUAGAAAGAUACCAAAUAUACCAGCGAAUGGGCCGAGGAAAGUACUCCGAGGUCUUUGAAGGGCGGAAGGAUAGAGAGAAGAUAGUAAUAAAAACUUUAAAGCCCGUACGGAAGGCAAAGAUAUGCAGAGAGGUUCUAAUACUGAAGAAUCUUUCUCAUAAAAACAUCAUAAACUUGAUGGAUGUUGUUGUAGAUUCUGAGUCUCAAAUAUACUCUUUGAUCUUCGAAUAUGUAGAGCACGAAGACUAUGCAAAAAUAUUUGAAAAAUUAAGUUACAAGGAUGUUGUCGAGUAUUCCAGACAGAUUCUUUCUGCACUUAGCUACUGCCACGGCAUGGGGAUAAUUCAUAGAGACAUCAAGCCGCAGAAUAUGGUAAUCAAUCAGGAAAAAAGAGAGUUGAAGAUAAUCGACUGGGGACUUGCUGAGUUUUAUCACCCAAGAAAAGAAUAUAGUGUAAGAGUUGCAAGCCGAUACUACAAAAGCCCGGAACUACUGGUUGAUUAUCCAUACUACGACUAUUCUCUUGACAUUUGGUCCUUUGGAUGUGUACUUGCAGAGUUAGUAUUUAGGAGAAGACCUUUUUUCCAUGGAGAAAGUAAUAGUGAUCAACUUGUUAAGAUAGCUAGAGUUUUAGGAUACACUGACCUAAGAAAGUACAUUGAGAAAUACAAGAUGGACCCACUCAGCCCAAAACACGAGGGUACGGGAGAAAGAGUGUUACUUUCCUCCUUUUCACCUCCUGGAUCGGCUGCCUUAUAUGCCAAUGCAAUAGACCUGUUGGAGAGGAUAUUGGUUUAUGAUCACCAAAGUAGGCCUACUGCAGAAGAAUGUCUGAAGCAUCCGUUUUUUGAAUCGAAGUAG